UGCCCAGGUGCCGCUGAGCUGUGCUGCCAGUAUCAAUGCAAUUCUACUGGGAUUUACUGGGCGCUGAGGCGCUGAUGGGUUACUAGCAGACGUCUGAACCCUUUCCUUUCAGGACUGCACGCACCUGUGUGCUUCAAAAGAGUUGCAACCGUCCUUUGGCAUCUGGAAAGCGAAGGGCGCCUGAUUUUUUGGAAGAGCAACAGAGGGAAAAGGAGCAUCUGCAACAAGUGGUCAGGAACUCCGGAGGAGCCUGCUGAAAGGAGCCGCCAGGAUGCCGCGGUUUGAACUGAAAUCUGGCAAAAAGCGUUUGAAAGAGGAAGAGAGACACCUCCGAGCAAACGACCGGGCCUUCAACCUGCAAUUCGAUUACACUAAAAACUCCAUUAAAACGUCCAAGUACAACUUGUUCACCUUCCUCCCUCUCAACCUGUUUGAGCAGUUCCAGCGGAUUGCCAAUGCCUACUUCCUCGUCCUGCUCAUCUUGCAGCUCAUCCCUGCCAUUUCCUCCCUGUCCUGGUCCACCACCGUGGUGCCCCUGGUCUUGGUGCUGGCGGUGUCGGCAGCAAAGGAUGCCAUCGACGACGUUAAUCGACAUGCAAGCGACAAGCAAGUCAACAACCGCCCCGUCAAGGUGCUGGUCAACGGCAGCUUGAAGGAGGACCUGUGGCUGAACGUUCAAGUUGGGGACAUCAUCAAGUUGGAGAACAAUAACUUUGUGACGGCUGACCUGCUCUUGCUGUCAAGCAGCGAACCUCACAGCCUGACGUACAUCGAGACCGUCGAGCUGGACGGGGAAACCAACCUGAAGGUGAAACAGGCUCUGACCGUCACCGCGGAGAUGGGAGAGGAUCUGCAGGCACUGACCAGCUUUGAUGGUGAGAUCAGGUGUGAAGCGCCAAAUAACAAGCUGGACAGGUUCACGGGCACCCUGGUCUUCAAGAGGAGGAAGUAUGCCCUGGACAACGAGAAGAUGCUGCUCAGGGGCUGCACGCUGCGCAACACGGACUGGUGCUUCGGCCUCGUCAUCUUCGCAGGGCCAGACACCAAAUUAAUGCAGAACAGUGGAAGGACAACUUUUAAAAGGACGAGCAUUGAGCGCCUGAUGAACUUCUUGGUGCUGGUGAUCUUUGCCUUUUUGGCUGCCCUGUGCUUGGUCCUGGCUGUUGGCCACAGCAUUUGGGAGUACAACGAGGGCUACUACUUCCAGGUGUACCUGCCCUGGGCGGAGGACACCCACUCUGCCUUCUUCUCUGCCUUCCUCGUCUUCUGGUCCUACGUCAUCAUCCUCAACACCUUGGUGCCCAUCUCUCUCUAUGUCAGCGUAGAGAUCAUCCGUUUGGGCAACAGCUUCUACAUCGACUGGGACCGCAAGAUGUACUACCCAGUGAACGACAUGCCCGCCCAGGCCCGCACCACCACCCUCAACGAGGAGCUGGGGCAGAUCAAAUACAUCUUCUCGGACAAGACGGGCACGCUCACCCAGAACAUCAUGGCCUUCAACAAGUGUUCCAUCAAUGGGUGUUCCUACGGGGAGGUCUUGGAUGUGGAUGGGCAGCGGCUGGAGGUCACAGAGAAAACGGAGAAGGUCGAUUUCUCGCACAACCCUCUGGCGGACCCAAAGUUCGCCUUCUACGACCACAGCCUGGUUGAAGCAGUGAAGGUGGGGGACGUCCCCACCCGGAGGUUUUUCCGCCUGCUUUCCCUCUGCCACACGGUGAUGCCGGAAGAGAAGAAGGAAGGCACACUGGUGUACCAGGCCCAGUCCCCUGACGAAGGAGCCCUGGUGACGGCUGCCCGGAACUUUGGCUUCGUGUUUCGCGGCCGGACGCCAGAGACCAUCACUGUGGUGGAAAUGGGAGAAACGCUGGUCUACGAACUGCUGGCCAUCCUGGAUUUCAACAAUGUGCGCAAAAGGAUGUCCGUCAUCGUCCGGAGCCCCAAAGGUAAACUAACCCUUUACUGCAAGGGUGCGGACACGAUCCUGUUCGAACUCCUCCAUCACUCCUGUGGAACCCUCAAGGAAGAGACCACGACCCACCUGGAUGAGUUUGCCGGGGAAGGGCUGCGGACGUUGGUUGUGGCCUACAAAGACCUGGAGGAGACCUAUUUUGAGGACUGGCAGAAACGGCAUCACGAGGCCAGCACAAGCUUGGAGGACCGCGAGGAGAAGCUGUCUGAACUCUAUGAAGAAAUUGAAAGGGACCUGAUGCUACUCGGUGCCACAGCCAUUGAGGACAAGCUGCAAGAUGGAGUUCCUCAGACUAUUGAGAUCUUGGGAAGAGCUCAGAUUAAAAUCUGGGUGCUCACUGGGGACAAACAAGAGACGGCAGUGAACAUCGGCUACUCCUGCAACAUGCUCUAUGACGCCAUGAAGGACAUCUUCAUCAUCCACGGGAACACCUCGGAGGCAGUGCGGCAGGAGCUCAGGAAAGCCAGGAGGAAGAUGAUGCCCGACGCGCAGGUGGGCGAUGAAGAGCCCGACGUCCAGGUCAAGAAGGCCGGCAGCUCCAGGGCCUUGCCCGACGAGCAGCCCAACGGGGAGUACGGCCUGGUGAUCAACGGGCACAGCUUGGCCUACGCGCUGGAGGGGGCGCUGGAGCAGGAGCUGGUGCGGACGGCCUGCCUGUGCAAGGUGGUGAUCUGCUGCCGGGUGACCCCGCUGCAGAAGGCCCAAGUGGUGGAGUUGGUGAAGAGGCACAAGGACGCCGUGACGCUGGCCAUUGGGGACGGCGCCAACGACGUCAGCAUGAUCAAGACCGCCCACAUCGGCGUUGGCAUCAGCGGCCAGGAGGGGAUGCAGGCGGUGCUGGCCAGCGACUUCUGCUUCGCCCAGUUCCGCUACCUGCAGCGGCUGCUUUUGGUCCACGGCCGGUGGUCCUACAUCCGCAUGUGCAAGUUCCUGGCCUACUUCUUCUACAAGAACUUUGCCUUCACGCUGCUGCACUUCUGGUACGGGUUCUUCUCUGGCUUCUCUGCGCAGACGGUGUAUGAUGAGUGGUUCAUCACCCUGUACAACAUGGUCUACACCUCCAUGCCUGUGCUGGGAAUGAGCCUCUUCGACCAGGACGUGGACGACCGCUGGAGCCUGCAGUUCCCCCAGCUGUACGCGCCCGGCCAGGAGAACCGCUACUUCAACAAGCGGGAGUUUGUCAAGUGCACGCUGUACAGCGUCUACAGCUCCCUGGUGCUCUUCUUCAUUCCCUACGGGACCAUGAUCGACUCGGUGCGGAGCGACGGGAAGGCCAUCGCGGACUACCAGUCCUUCGCCCUCACGGCUCAGACCUGCCUGCUCAUUGUGGUCUCUGUCCAGAUGGGCCUGGACACGGCCUACUGGACCGCCAUGAACCAGCUGUUCAUCUGGGGCAGCCUGGCCUUGUAUUUCGCCAUCACCUUCACCAUGUACAGUGACGGCAUGUACCUGAUCUUCACCGCUUCCUUCCCCUUUGUUGGCACGGCUCGGAACACCUUGAACCAGCCCAGCGUGUGGCUGUCCGUCUUCCUCUGCGUGAUCCUCUGCGUCCUGCCUGUCGUUGGUUUCCGGUUCCUGAAGAAGCAGCUGAAGCCGACCGUCAGUGACAAGGUUUUGCACCAGGUGAACAUGCUCCGGAAGACGGCGCACCCCCUGGUGCCCAAGCCGCAGCAUUUGCAGCGCAGGGCCUCCCGCCGCUCCGGCUACGCCUUCUCCCACCAGCACGGUUUCGGGGCCCUCAUCACCUCUGGACUGAACAUGCGCCCAAAGUCCCCUUUCGGCAUCUCGGGGUCUUUCUCGCCCAACAGUGAGAAAUACACUCUGAAGUGAGUCGGGGAAGAGAGAAGGCCGCGUGCGCCCCGGCGCCCCUUCCCAGCUCGGGACUCUGCCCUGCGGCCACUGCAGGGGCGAACUCCGCGGAGCGGAUCCUCCUCCUGCCUCCAGGCUCUCUGAGAUGAGACCCUUUGGGCCUGGGACGCCAGGGUGGGUGGGCGGGGAGGAGAGCAGGGGCCUAUUCCGUACCACACCGUGGAGGAACGCCCCACAUGUACACUGUUCUGCGCUCCUCCCCCCAGCACAGAAAGGCCCAUCUGGCAGCUUCGCCGCCCUCCUGAUCGAUCCGGCGUAGCCCUAUCAAAAAGAGGGACAUGGUGGGGUUGCAGGGACCCUUCCUCCCCGCAGAGCCGUAUUAAUCCGAGGCAUCCCCCAAGCCCAGCGGGCGGCAACUGGCAAGCCAAGUACAUCUGCAGCUGCCCGUCCAAAACGGGGCGGCUUCCACAGAGAGCGCUGAGGCCACGGACGGGUGGCGUGUUUCCAGCGGCCGUUUGAAUGCUCCGAUGUGGCACAGAUGUGCAGCAGGAUCAAAGGGAUUCCAGUCAAGCACAACCUCGGCAAGCGCUGGGUUUAUUGGGGCAUAAAACUGACCGGCGGCCAGGCCUCCAAAUACCUGCCGGGCAAGGCAGCCCCCCCCCCGCUUCAUCUGAAUCCACGUUCACAUAGAUCUGGAGCAGGGAAGGAGCUUGCCGGAUGAAGAGCCUGAAAGCCCACCUGCCGGGGUGGGGGCCGAACGGCCGCCCUCGGCAUCCGCCCCAACGCAUGUGCGCUCAGACAGCCCCGUGGAGUAGUACAAAGGAAGGACCGAGCUGGCCUGCAGCAAGGGGUGGGGUGUCUCCCUCCCCCCAGUGCUGGGAUCAAGCCUGGGCUCUGAGCCCCUGGGAGAGAACUGACGGCCUUGGAGCCAAUCCAGAGCCCCAGGGGCCUUUGGCUUGUGGAGGUUAGAAGCCCCAGAGCAGCUCAGCUUGCAGGGGCGUGCGUUGGAGCUGGGCCCUGCUGCCCUGGGGCCUGGGAUGGAACUCGGAGGAGGAGGAGCACGGGGGCUCUGGCUGGACCGAUGCGCUGGCCACAUUUAGGGUAGAAGGUGCCAGCACCUGCGGCUGAAGCACUGGGGCGGUCUCGGUGCUGGACACUCCUCAGGCUCCCCACCCCACUUCUCCUUCAGAGUGGUCCACAGGGAUGGGUGUGUGUGUGUGAACCUGGCUCUCCGGGUGCUGACAGAAGCGGCGCAGCAGAUCUCAGCCUUUGCCGCAUUCCGUGUGCGUUCCCAUUCCGGAAGGCCUGCCCCAGUGGGCUCAGAGGAGGGCCACUGAAUGGGGUGGGGCCCAUGUCCCGGUGUAUCCAGCUGGUGCUCAGGCCAGGAGAAGCAGAAUCCACCCUGGCCCGGUUUGGCCCCCUGGGAUCCAGAGGUGGGGGGGGAGAAGGGGGUGCACGCAUCCGUGUGGCGUUUCUCUGCCAGGGAGGGGCAGUGCCGUGGGAGUGCUGUGGCUGGGCUGAGCUGGGGAGGGGCUGUGGGGGUUGCAAACACUUCCGUCUUCCUUCUGUACAACAACGUUGAAUAAAACCACAUCCAAAGGAUGCUGCCUGUGUGCAAAGUGGCCUUUCAUCCCCAGCAGCGCCUGAGCAGGAAGGGGCAGCCAGCAGUGCUCCGAGG